AUGACUGACCAUUCAAAAUGGAAGUUCAAUCAUACCAUGCUGCGGAUCAAGGAUCCCAAGAGGUCCGUUGACUACUACAAGCUCUUGGGCCUCUCCCUCGUCAAUCAGAUCAAGUUCCCCGAAGCCAAAUUUGACCUGUACUUUCUUGCCUACGACGGUCCCUCAUCCGCUUCGACUGGCGCGCACUGGACUGACCGUGAGGGUGUUCUUGAGCUUACCCACAACUAUGGCACUGAGUCCGAUGACUCGUACAGUAUCAAUAACGGCAACAAGGACCCCCAUAAAGGUUUCGGCCACGUCUGUGUCAGUGUCGACAACAUCCAGGCCGCAUGCAAACGCAUCGAAGACGCCGGCUACAAGUUUCAGAAGAAACUGACGGACGGGCGCAUGCGGAGCAUUGCAUUUGCACUCGACCCAGAUGGUUACUGGGUCGAGAUCAUCGGGCAGAAAAACGUGGAUGAGACCAAGGAUAUCACGACCACCGAUACCUCCUCGUACCGUUUCAACCACACCAUGAUCCGCGUCAAGGACCCAGAGAAGAGUUUAACUUUCUACCAGGACGUCAUGGGCAUGAGUCUGAUGCGGACCUCGGAACAGAAAGAGGCGGGCUUCACACUCUACUUCCUGGGCUAUCCAGGUGAUUACGGCAUCCCAAAGGAGUCCGACACUGCCAACGGAGUCAAUCCACUUGCGGGGAAGGAAGGCUUGCUUGAGCUGACCUGGAACUAUGGCACCGAGAAGGAGGAGGGUAUGGUGUACCACAAUGGCAACGAUCAACCCCAGGGAUUUGGACAUAUCUGUGUGAGUGUGGAUGAUCUGGACAAGGCUUGUGCCUUCCUCGAAGAAAAGAAGGUGAACUGGAAAAAGCGACUUACCGAUGGAAGAAUGAAGAAUGUUGCUUUCGUCCUCGACCCGGACGACUAUUGGAUCGAAGUGAUACAAAACGAGAAGCUGAAGAAGACCACCAAUUGGUGA